AAUAAUUGAAUCGAACCUGAUGCAGAAAGAAACGCAUUAUGCUACGUUCGUCUCUCUAUCAUUCAGUAAAAUACUAAACUGUUGUGUACCUCUGAUGCAGGCCUGCCCGCCGAUUGGUCCACACAGCUUGCGUCUCGCCUCAGUCACGAGCGCGCAGCGGUUUAUCGCCCAGUGUGUGAAGUUCUGACGCGCAUUCACACUGCAUGCAAACUUAUCAGCACUAGGUCAUCGUCGCGAAGACACAGCUACUACCACCGCGGUUCCGGAGAUAAUCUACGAGUUUGACUGCUGCAUCGAAAUGUCCCUACUAGUCUUACUUCUCCUGCUGGCGGUCUGCCAACAGGUGCUGAUGGUGGAACCGGUGGAACCCCACGAGAAGCUCCUCAACCCCCGUAAACGGCGCCUCUCCUUGCAGAACACAGCGGAGAUCCAGAAUUGUCUGAUGAGUUCAGGUGAUGUUGGCUGCGCCACCUUUCAGUGUUUCAGCAACAACUCGUGUGAGAUCCAAGGCCUCCACCACAUCUGCCACACCCUGCUGCACAACGCGGGAAGCUACGACUCGCAGGGUAAGUGGCUGGUGAAGGAGGCCCUGCGCUGCGCGGCGCUGGGCCUCCGGCAGCGCUCCAGCUGUGUGAGCCGGCGCUGCGGCGCGGUGGGCGCCAUGCUGUCCUCCCUGCUCAGGGAGUGCUUCACCAAGCACCGGCUCUGCCUCGCGCUGCGGGACCACCCCCACACCGUGGGGGACCUGGUGCACUUCCACCUGCUGACCCCGCCGGGGCCAUAUGUUGAGCUGGUCAACUUCCUGUUGGGCUGUGGAGAGGAAGUGAGGUCAUGGGUAAGCGGCAGGCUGCGUGCACAGUGCAGCCAGCAGUGGGGCUCGUCAGUGUGCGCGGCCAUCGGCAGCACCUGUCCCUUCAACCAGUCAGAUCUCACCCUGCAGCCCGCCACCGUACCGCCUCGCACCGUGCCCCAGCCAAUCACGCAGCUCACACACAGAUCUGGUGCGGAGGACGACAACGCUGCCACCAAUCAGAAUGACGCUGAGACCCGUCCAGGGCUGCCUGUCUCUGGGGAGGUCAACGUCACGGGGUUAUAGGUCAACACAGGGUCAGGGUCAGCCUAAUCCUGAACCCUGACACAUUGGGGGAAAUAAGUGGGCAGACAGGUCCAAGGCAGCAGACAGACAGACAGACAGACAGUCAAACAAGUGUGCAGUUAGCCAAAGGUCACGCACUUAUGACUUUACAACAGAUGGUUGGUAAUAUCGGAAGUUACUACCUCUAUUGACUAUUGAAUGGGAGAUAAAUGCAUAGAAGGUGGCAUUAUCUUGAGAUGUUAACUAGCUGUUUAUUCUCUUUAGAAUACACAUGACUUCACUGAAAGAUAAACACGUCUACCUCACACACCAUAUUGUACUUCCAACAUACACACACUAGGAAAUUAUCUUGAACAUUGACAUCUUUCUGGUGGGCAGCAGAUAUAAUAAUAUAAUGUCUAUUUAAGUUCUUUAUUUUUUAUUUAUGACUAUAUGUCCCACACAAUUAGUUAUAGCUAGCAGUUUUGCCUGUGAAAAUGAUUGUUAACUGAAACUGUUGAAAGCAUUUACAUUGUAAUUUGAAAAUCAUUCCGAUUUUGACAAUGAACACUUUUCCAGUAAUCUUUUUUUUAAAGUCAUGCUUUCAUGAAUGCAUACACAAAUCAAAUGUGGAUUAAAAUGAUUCAACUUGUA